CUGACAGUCAUUUAUCAAAUUAUAUUGAAGUAAUGGUGUACUGAUUAUCUAAUACAUUUAUUACUCAAAUUGUCAUAUAUACCAAAUAUUAAAAUAACAAUAAUGGCAGUUAGUUUUGUCCAAAGGCGUUUUAUGUCUAAUGCAUUGCAGAAAUGGGCAUACAAUUUAUCCGGAUUCAAUAAAUAUGGUCUUUGGAGGGACGACAUUCUUCAUGAGAACGAAGAUGUUAAAGAAGCUUUAAAACGUUUACCUCAAAACAAAUUAGAUGAAAGAAAUUUCCGUAUCCUGAGAGCGACUCAACUUUCUCUUACCCACAGCAUCCUACCAAAAGAACAGUGGACCAAACUCGAGGAAGACAAAUUAUAUCUUACUCCCAUUGUUGAACAGGUUAUUAAGGAAAGAAAGGAGCGUGAAGAAUGGAACAAACUUUAUUAAAUUUAAAGUAAAAUGUAGAAAAUUGUAAAAUAUUUAUUCCUAAGUUUUAUGUUUAAUAAAAAUUAAAAAUAGC